CAGUUUGUGUUUGUGUUGUUGCUUUAUUUUGUCGUGUGUGUUUGAGUGUCAUCUCUCUAAAACACCGUGUUUUUACUCUGUAUCAUGGUUUAUAUUUAUAUACCACUCUGCUGUCUAAUCUGACUGCUGUCUGCAGCUCUGGAAUGGAUUUCCCCGCUGUGGAUGAUGACAUCUGUAUCCUGAAGCAUGAGUAUGGCCCGACCGAGAGCCCCAUGUCUGUGUGCUCCGGCGACGAGUCGGUGGCAUCUCACUUCGCCCUGGUCACGGCAUACGAGGACAUCAAGAAGAGAUUACGAGACACGGAGAAAGAGAACGCUCUGCUCAAAAGACGAGCUAAACAGCUCGAAGACAAGCAUUUCCGAACUGAUGCCCCUCCGUCUGAAGGACCACAGUAUAUGAACAAAGCUUUCAGUGCUUACCGCGGUAUCUAUAUUGAGAAGGAAGAUUUACAGAUGGAGCUGAAUACAGUGAAAAAAGAGAAAGUGGAGCUGGAGCGGGUUCUGACAGAGCAGCUACAAGCCAAAGAGCUCGAACUGUUGCAGCUGAAAUCUGAAAUUGACACGAGUCAAGUGAUGAGAAGUCUGAACACGGCAGAUGAUUGGCAGGUGGACAGAAGCGGCAGUGAAAUGAAGAUCGUGUCACUGGAAAAGCAGCUCGAGAGAUUACAGUUAGAAAACUGCUCGCUGGACAAACCCUGCGGGACCGCUGGACACGAUGACUCUGAAAACGAUGUUCUUCACGAUGAGCAGCAGCACGAUGUGUCGACAGACUCCAGGACGCUGGCCAUCGUACAGUCGUAUCAGGACGUGCUCGGUGAAGUGUCACGAUUGCGUUCAGCCAUUCGAUCGCAGUCUGAUCUGGUGAGGAAGCUGCGAGAGAGACCACCACUGCCGCCCACUCUCAGACGAGCUGCUUCAACUGUUCCAGUUCAGUGUCUGGAUGACGUGGAGCAGAACACGGAGCCAAUGAUGAUGACGCCGCCGCGGCCGCCCAGUGCUCCUCAUCUGCCCUCCAGUUCAGGGACUCGCGCUCUGGACGGCCUGCGGGAGAACUGUUCGGAUGACCCUUGCCCCCUGGCGCGUCCUGUGCCGUUGGGUUGCCCGGGUGGCCUGCCGCCUCUCCAUCAGCGAAUGGGAUCACUAGAGGACAGCUCCUGGUCAUUCCCCAGCACCCCGAGACCGAGCGACGCUCUGUUUUGGGACAGCUCAAAAUCCAAGAGCUCCAACACCGAUUGGGCCAGACCAUACUGAUCCACAGUCCCCGCUCCGCCACACGACACCUUACCUGCCUUAAACAGCGUCCCCUCUUUGGGCCCCGGAUGAUAAUAUACCUCGAGCAAACUGACCUGUGACCACCUGUGACCCCCAGUCACUGGCUGAAAACAGACCUGAGAGGUGGACGUGUGUGUGAAUGGAUGGAUGUGUGUUUUCCUGCAUAACUCCGUCUUGAACUCAUCUGUGUGAUCUCACUUAUACGCUUCUGUUCAUCUCUUAUGUUGAGUGUCUGUGACGGACGUUUAUCUCGUCAGUGUCUCUCUGAUGCACUUGCACUGAUACUAUCAGCUGUACAAGUAACUUGAAUGGAUUAUGUCUUGUAUAAUGAAUGUAUAAAGGGGAAUUAUCCAAAGUUUAAAUCAAUCCUCACACCGAAUGAUGACAAUAGUGUGUUUAUACUCAAACCUGCAACAUCUGUUCAAGCCCCUUGAUUACUUGAUUUUUUUUGUUUUUUUAAAGAAUGGAUAUAUUUAGAUUUAGUAAAUCAUUCGGUUGUCAUAAACUGUGGGAACAGGUAUUUUUUUAAUUGCUGGUCUAAAUUAAUUAAUUUAUUUCUAACCCGCAUUCAAGGAAAACCUGAAAGCGGAAAAAUAUUGGGACAUUUAAAAUAGAAAUUUCCAGGUUUGGUGAAGUAAUGGAAAUAAAUCUGAAA